AUGGCGUUCCAUCAUCUUUUCGCCGCAGCAGCGCUGCUCGCAACCAUCGCCUCCGCGCAGGAUUCGCAAGGCUGUUCAUCUCCCACGCUGUUCGAAGGCAACUACUACUGCUCCAAAGUCGAUGCCAUCACGUACACCGGUGUCGGCGGUACUGGGUCCUAUAACCGCGUGACAGACAUGCCAUCCAGUGGAUCGUGCUCGAGCAGUCCAUCCAACUACUCUGGAUCCUUGUCCCCGCUUGACCAAGAGGUCUCUCUGCAUAUGCGCGGCCCUUUUCAACUCCUUGAGUUCGCUGCCUACUCGCCCGGUGGCCCAGUUGCGCGAAAAGCGAAGAGAAGCGACCACAUACAUCGCCAUGCGCACCACCACGCACGUGGCGUUCGUGCUCGGGGAGUCGGGGACUGGGUGACCGCAACCAUCGAUGGCGAAGUGGUGAGCUGGAUCAACGAGUAUAACGGAGGUGCUGCUCCCACUGCAUCCUCCGGCGGAUCAGCUUCAGCUUCGACAUCCACGUCCACCACCGCUGGCACAAACAACCCAGCCCCACUCACCUCCUCAACCCCUUCCACCGGCUCAUCGCCCCAGAAUUGGACCCGACAAGCCUAUUACGACGCAGCCACUCAGACUUCCCAAGGUCUCGUCUUCCUCAACCACUACGGUGGCACCGGCUCUGGCGUCUUCGACUACGUCUACGGCAACUCCCUCUCCUAUUCCAGCGAAGACGGCACCACAGGCGCCAGCAGUCCGCAAACUCUCGCAUCCACCACUCUCCCCUCCAGCGCCGAGGUGGUCAUCAUGACGGACUCGCAAUGCGGCGCGCAAGAUACCGACUGCGGCUACUAUCGCCCGGGCACCGUAGCAUACCACGGCUUCAACGGGCCCGCAAAAGCCUUUUUCUUCUCCUUCCAAAUGCCCAACGAGGGCGGCACGAGCGCAGACAUCUACGAUCCCAUCAACAUGCCCGCCCUCUGGAUGCUGAACGCUCUCAUCCCACGCACACUACAGUACGGCUCGGCAGACUGCUCAUGCUGGACUUCCGGGUGCGGCGAAUUUGACAUUUUCGAAGUACUGACUUCGGGGUAUCACAAGGCGAAGAGCACGCUGCAUGGAAAUGUCGCCGGCGGCAGCAGUUACUGGUUCCGCAGGCCGGAGGAGAUCUCGAUUAAGUUGGGCGUGGUGCUGUUUGAUGACAACAUUCAUGUCAAGGUACUGGAUGCGGAUACCGAUUUUGAUGAGGAUGUGAGUGGCGUUAUUGAGGAGAUUAUCCAGAGUACGAUGGCGGAUUCCGGGACUGUUACGCUGUUCCGCCUUGCUGGGGCGGGGAGUGGGUAG